AUGGCGACACCAAUUGUUACGUUGUCUGAAGAAGACGAAUCGUGGAUGCAAUGGGAUCCAAGUGUCGAGACCGUCUGGCCCGAUGUCGCCGCUCCUUCACCGUUGCCGAUGCCUAAGCUCCCGGCUCCCAUCGUGGAGAAGCCCAGCGGCGAGAACUACAAGCCAGGACUGACGCCCGCUACAACAGACAGAGACGACCGUCUAAGCUCUAAAGGAGGAAAGGGAAACAGAGGUGCUAGGGCAAUCUCGUUGGAGAAUGGCGGGGGAGCUACCGAGGCUUAG